UGAAGCCUCAGCAAUUUCAGAAACUCCAUCUAAAAGCACUGUGCCGCCAACUUACACUUUAUUCCUUAAUAUUUUUUUAUUAAGAACGAAGCUAAGUAAUCGUAAAACAACUGCUGCACAGUCAACACUCAACACUAGCAUAUAUUCCAACCACAGGUGUCCAAAUGAUCAAUAAGCUAAGCUAGCUUCUCUCGUAAGUGAGCUUUAUUGUCGUCAGUCAGUGAUCGACUGAUCGUGAUAGGCCCGCAGCGCCUAUACGUACGCACGGCGAGUACGUGAAGGAGCAGGGCGAAGCACUGGCAAUGGCGUCCUCCGAUCUGCACGACACCGGCCGUCACGGGGCGACGCCGCUGGUGUUCGACGAGGUCCGGUGGGUGGUCCAGAUCCGGCAGUCGCUGGAGGAGGGCGGCCCCGGGAGCGACGACGACAACGACGACGGCAUCCAGGUGUCCGUGUUCAACGUGCCCAAGCCGCUGCAGGUGCACAAGCCGGAGGCCUACACGCCCCAGUUCAUCGCGCUGGGGCCCUACCACCACUGGCGCCCCGAGCUGUACGAGAUGGAGCGCUACAAGCUCGCGGCGGCACGGCGCGCCCAGAAGCGGCUCCGGGGCGGGGCCAGGCUCGACGGCCUCGUCGACCAGUUCAAGCGGCUCGAGCGCAGGGUCCGCGCUUACUACCAUCGGUACCUCGACUUCGGCGGCGAGACGCUCGCGUGGAUGAUGCUCGUCGACGGCGCGUUCCUGCUCGAGUUCCUGCAGGUCUACGCGGUCGCCGCGGCCAACGAGGGCGACGUCGCCACCACCGGCAGCGGCGACGGCAAGGCCCUGCGGCGGGGGGUGUCGUCGAGGAUGCAGCACCUCGUCGACUACGCCGGGAGGAAGUCGGCGCACAGCCUCAUCCUCCGCGACAUGCUCAUGCUGGAGAACCAGGUCCCGCUCUUCCUCCUCCGCAGGAUCCUCGAGCCGCAGUGCGCGUCGCCCGGCGAGGCCGGCGAGCUGCUCCCGCGGAUGGUCACCGGGCUCAUGAAGGAGCUCUGCCCGCUCAAGAUGCUGGACAAGUUCCCCGCGAUCGACGUCAGCAAGAACGCGCACCUGCUCGAGGUGCUCUACUAUCUGCUCGUGCCGAAGCCAACCGACGACGGCGGCGCGGCGGAGGCCGGCGACGCGGCCCACGGCAGUCGCCGCGAAGACGGCUACGACAUCGAGGAGCAGCUGGUGGACGGCGGCGGCGGCGACGAAGAGCAGAAACCAGCCGCCGGCUGCGAGUACGUGAAGCAGCUGCUCCUCACCGUGUCCAGCAUGGCGUCCGGGCUCAGCACCGGCCGGAUGCGCUACGUGACGCGGCCGAUCGCGUUCGCCGUCAAGGCGCCGUGGAAGAUGCUCACCGUCGUGCCGGGGUUCUCGGCGAUGAAGCAGCCCGUCGAGGCGUACUUCAUGUCCGGCGCCGCCGACGGGAGCACGCAUGCCCACGACCCGAACGGCGCGGGGUACCUCACCCGGCCGCCUCUGAUCGAGGAGAUCAUGAUCCCCUCGGUGUCCGAGCUUGCCAACAUCGGCGUCCAGUUCUGCCCCACCGCAGGCGACCUGUCCACCAUCGCGUUCGACGCCAGGACGGUGACCUUCCACCUGCCCGCCGUGACCCUGGACAGCAACACGGAGGUGGUGCUCCGGAACCUGGUCGCCUACGAGGCGGCGGCGGCGUCGGGCCCGCUGGUGCUGGCGCGGUACACGGAGCUGAUGAACGGCAUCAUCGACACCGACGAGGACGUGGCGCUGCUGCGGCGGCGCGGGGUGGUGCUGAACCGGAUGAAGAGCGACGGCGAGGUCGCCAAGCUGUGGAACGGGAUGUCGCGCUCCGUGCGGCUCACCAAGGUGGCGUUCGUGGACAGGGCCGUCGAGGAGGUGAACCGCUACUACAACUCGCGGUGGCGCGUCAAGACGAAGCGGUUCAUGCGCAAGUACGUGUUCAGCUCGUGGCAGCUGCUCACGUUCCUCGCCGCCAUCGUGAUGCUGCUGCUCACCACGCUGCAGGCCUUCUGCUCCGUUUACACGUGCUCCCGCUGGUUCGGCACGGUGACGGUCGCGACGGCAGAGUGAUUAUUGCUGAUCAGAUUCUUGCGCGAUCGCGACAUGAUGUGGGUGGGUUCGGUCUGGCUGGAUAAUGUGAUCGGGGAUGUUCUUUUGUGUUGGUUGCUAAAUGUUCUGAUGUGUAAAGUGUGAUUCCUUGCUUGCGAAUUGUGACUGGUGAGAUUAAUAAAACUUGCGCAUUCGCGCCAUUUGUUUGA